GUUGAUAAUAUUGAUAAGAUCCAAACCAGUCCAAGCAGUAGGCAGCAAGCAGACACUGAAGUGGAAUCAAAUAAAGAUGAUGGACAGCCGCUGAGCAGGAGUGCUGAGUGGUGUGAUGUGACCCCUGUUUUCCAUGAUGAUGUUCCGAAUCCAGUAGUCCCCAUAGCCUGCAAGGAAGAAUUCCGGGAAACAAUGGACUACUUUCGAGCCCUCUACCGAGCUGAUGAACGCUCCCCUCGUGCCCCCCAUCUCACCCGCCAAGCCAUCCUUGACAAUCCUGGCAAUUACACUGUGUGGCAUUUUAGGCGACUCCUACUCCAGACCCUUAAUGCUGAUUUGUAUGAUGGACUGGAUUUCCUUCAACAGAUUGCCAAUUCUAAUUCCAAGAACUAUCGAUUGUGUGGGUGCUGCAAGCACUGGGAGGCUGGGAAGAUGAACUUGAUUACUGUCAGAAUCUUCUUGAGGAAGAUAUUUUUAAUAAUUCUGCUUGGAAUCAUGCAUGGAUGAAUUAUCCUCUACUGCUGUAUGGAUCCUAACCUUAUAUACGAUGACAAUGAUAAUACCAGACCAUCUGCCAUGGUUCUUCUCAGUCUCUAUCAAAUACUUUCUUAACAUCAUAAUCCUGACAAUGAGAGCGCAUGAAGAUGCCCCCGGGGUCUUUACAAAGACAACAUUGAGGUUUGGAUUAACGAUCCUCAGGUCUCCUUAGUAUGUUUGAAGAUAAUUAACACCAAGAGCAAGUAUGUUUUUGCUCUUAAUACAUUUCUGGAUCUUCUAUGUCGUGGUUUUCAACCAAGCUAAGAGUUCAGAGAUGCUGUGGAUGCUCUGUGGACUUCAGACACUCACCAACUAGAUUCUGACCUGGCAAAAGCAAUUUGUUACGUCUUGGAGCACGUGGAUUCUUUGAGAGCAAGCUAUUGGAUGUGGCGCAAAAGCAAGCUUCCUGUGGCAGCCUGAUAAACGAUGGAAAAAUGGGAUGAGCAGUGUUUGAACCAUCGCUGCCCUUUGUGAAAAAUGCUGUGUCUGUUGGUCGUUUAGCCCAUGACUAAAAAUCACUUUUGCACUUAAUUUUUUAUUAUA